UCUACUUUAGUCAAUCCUCUUUGAUUAGCCGUGUGCAUUCCCAUUGGUGCCCAUUGACCCAUAUAACGCCGCAACAUUUUUAUUUCCAUUUGUCUUCAAACACCUAGUAAUCAUUGGACCAUUACAAAAAUUGGGUCGACCUUUGACAUAAAACUCUUCUUGAUUGAAACACAAUGUCGAAUGACCCAAUUCAGUACUCCGAAAAGUAUCAAGAUGAUACCUAUGAAUAUAGACAUGUCAUCUUGUCGAAUGAGAUUGCCAAGCAUGUGCCAAAAUCUCACUUGAUGACAGAAACAGAGUGGAGAAAUCUUGGAGUCCAACAGAGCCCUGGAUGGGUCCAUUACAUGAUGCACGUUCCAGAACCUCACGUAUUACUAUUUCGUCGUCUCAGAGCUGACAUUGUCUCUGCAGUAAGAUGCAGUGUGAAUGAGCCAAUAGCCAUGAGAUGCAACUGAGUAAAAAUGAAAUAUCAAAUGAGAAAACCACAAGUUAAUGAAGUAAAUUAAAAUUUAUUUUUCACAUAA